UGUGUUCAAACUAACAGGCUGGGACGUGGUGAAGAUGCAGUUAGUGGUAGAUCCUGGACUAGAAAACAGUUCACCUGACAAGAGGUCCAGUGGGUGAAUAUCCGUGGUUGUGUUCAGUAGGAAACCAGCCUCUACUCUCUGCUGCUUUUAAAUCCUUGAGCCUGUUUUCAUUUGAAGUAUGAGAAUGAGCUUGGAUGCUUCCUGGGAGGACACAAGCUGGACUCUACUCACUUCCGGUUGCAUCAAACCUGGCUGCUGAAAGUCAGAUAUGCCACACUUCUGCCUGCCGUUGGCAACCCUCCUGGACUAGGCUGCUUUUGUUAAUCACAUGGAUGUUGCGGGUGACUUUGGGUGCAGACCUCUUCACUGUUCGAGAGAGGGGAGCCUGACAAGGUGUGCUGCUUAAUACACAGGCUGACCAAGUUCGACUGUCUCCAUUUUCCUGGUGAAAAACUGAGUCUGAGCGUUCCUAUGAGGAAGGUCCUGUUAAUAUCCACCUUUUACAGUCAUGCUUAACAAAUAUGAGAUGAACAAACAAAUAUAUGCACAGACAAAUGCUGCUGGUCUUCCCCUAAGAACCUUGAGCACUGUGGCUGCUCCAACUUAUCAAAUUACCAGCCUCCUCCUUCUGAUGUCCUGGUCCUCCUACAUUGACCCCGGUUAGCAUCACUGACUGUUCCCGCUGCUGGGAGGUGUUUGCCACAACUUCUGCAUACAUGAGAACCUGCAUGUUCACCCUAAUAUGGACUCCGGCCAGAAUCUGAGUUGGAAGAUACAUGAGUUGUGGACUUUCCUAUACCGGAGGUCAGAAUGCUGCCCCUCUGUCAUGCUCUAGCUAUAGCUGUUGUCCAGAUUGUUAUCUUCUCAGAAAACUGGGUGUUCUCCAAGAACAUCAACUUCUAUGAUGUGAGGCCUCCUCUUGACUCUACACCAUUUCCAAACAGCUUCAAGUGUUUUACCUGUGAAAACGCAGGGGAUAAUUAUAACUGCAAUCGAUGGGCAGAAGACAAAUGGUGUCCGCAAAAUACACAGUACUGUUUGACAGUUCAUCACUUUACCAGUCAUGGAAGAAGUACAUCCAUCACCAAAAAGUGUGCCUCCAGAAGUGAAUGUCAUUUUGUUGGCUGCCAGCACAGCCGAGAUUCUGAACAUACAGAGUGUCGGUCUUGCUGUGAAGGAAUGAUCUGCAAUGUAGAAUUACCCACCAACCACACUAACGCGGUCUUCGCUGUAAUGCACGCUCAGAGAACGUCCGGCAGCAGUGCCCCCACGCUUCACCUCCCAGUGCUUGCCUGGUUCUUCGUGCUUCCAUUGCAAUGAUGCCACCAUACCAAUGAGAGGCAGAGACCCGCCCUCUGAAGCACAAGCUAACAACUGUGAAAACAGUGAAUUUCUGAGUGAAGACCGAUCUUGCACUUGGUCAAGAAUGCAUAUUGGACCCCAAAGCAGAAGCCGUUGUUUGCUUAGCUACAAUGCUCCUGCAUGAGGUCACUGGAUUGAGGAAGGGGAUUUGGCAGGGACUGAGGGGAUUUUCUGGCUUCCAGGCUUCCUGGUCAAGGGGGCUGCAUUUUGUCACUUCUGCAGGGGUCCUGCCAUUCUACAACGGGCAGGUCCAGUAGCCUGUAUUGUCCUCGCCUGACCAGGCCUUGAGCUGAAAGGACUCCUUGACCUCGUUGACUUCUUCAGAGGCUGCUGGGUCAGACCCUCUUGUUUCUGUGAUUAGCUCAGAGCAUCCCAAGAAAUCUAAGUCUUCCCCCAAUGAGAAAUUAGUUCCCCUACCAACAGCGUAGUCAAUGAGAAAGGCAACUAUAGGAAGAAGACUUCCAGUUGAACUAAUAGGAAACCCAUUUGCUAAUUGUGGGGGGAAAUAAAGCUUUUAAAUUAUACAAUGUAAAAAUGCAUGCUUGUGUGUUUCUUG